AUGAUAAUCAAAUUAACCCUCUCUUCUUUUUUUCUCCCCCCAACCUAUUCUUCCGACCUACCAGCUCCGGCGUUGAAGUAGUUCUCUCAGUCGGGUCGCCCACUCGAACUCGCAGUAAUGACGGGACAGACGGGUACGACAGUAUCAAUGGAACCAGUAGAACGACAGUCGCUAAAAAAACUCAGUUUCAAAUCCCUUAAACGUGCUCUUGAUGUUUUCGCUCCUCUUCACUCUCACUUCUCUCCUCCUGAUUCCGAAAGUAAGAAAAUUCGGUUGAGCCAUAAGAUUAAUGUGGAAUUUGGAGGGAUUAAACCGGCUUUAGCUCAGCCUCAGCCUAGUAAGCAAAUUCAAGGGCGGUCCGGUUCGGCUCCGUCUGAUUCCCUUGCCCUUCCUGCUCCUGAGGAUGCACAAAAAGGAGGGGCUCAUAAUGCUCUAGUUGUCGCUCCAGCUGCACAUCCUAGACCGAAUGAAGUUGGUCCUAGCAAAAGCAAUGCGAUUAUGUCGACUCCCAGUUCUUCUGAAAGGUUCUCAACAUCUGCUCUUAUGGAACGAAUUCCAAGUAGAUGGCCAAGGCCUGUAUGGCGUGCUCCAUGGAAGAAUUACAGGGUAAUAAGUGGGCACUUGGGAUGGGUGAGAUCCCUCGCCUUUGAUCCAAGUAAUAAUUGGUUUUGCACUGGUUCGGCAGAUCGUACAAUUAAGAUAUGGGAUGUAGCAAGUGGGCGAUUGAAACUUACUCUCACUGGACAUAUUGAACAAGUAAGAGGGCUUGCUGUUAGUCAGAGGCAUACCUACAUGUUCUCUGCUGGUGACGAUAAAAUGGUGAAGUGCUGGGAUCUUGAGCAGAAUAAGGUUAUUCGCUCUUACCAUGGCCACCUAAGUGGAGUAUAUUGCCUAGCUCUUCAUCCCACUCUUGAUGUAUUGCUUACUGGGGGUCGUGAUUCGGUCUGCCGGGUUUGGGACAUUCGCAGCAAAACACAAAUAUUUGCUUUGUCAGGGCAUGAGAACACAGUAUGCUCUGUGUUCACUCGACCUACGGAUCCUCAAGUGGUAACAGGUUCACAUGAUUCAACCAUUAAAUUCUGGGACCUGAGACAUGGAAAGACAAUGGCAACACUAACCCAUCACAAGAAGUCUGUACGAGCAAUGGCCUUGCAUCCUAAAGAGAAUAUGUUUGCAUCCGCCUCUGCUGACAACAUAAAAAAGUUCACACUUCCAAAAGGAGAGUUUAUGCAUAACAUGCUUUCCCAGCAAAAAACAAUAAUCAAUACAAUGGCUGUCAACGAGGAAGGAGUUUUGGCUACAGCAGGUGACAAUGGGAGCCUUUGGUUUUGGGACUGGAAGAGUGGUCAUAAUUUUCAGCAAGCUCAAACGAUCGUGCAACCUGGUUCACUGGAUAGUGAGGCCGGCAUCUAUGCACUCUCCUAUGAUCUCACUGGCUCUAGGCUGGUGACUUGUGAAGCUGACAAGACUAUCAAAAUGUGGAAAGAGGAUGAGACGGCUACCCCUGAAACUCAUCCCCUCAAUUUCAAGCCGCCUAAAGACAUAAGGCGCUUUUGAUUGCAAUGACUUGUGAUGUGCUGAAACUUGAAUGGUUAAAGCAUCUUUUGGUUUUGGUUCAUUUCAGUUUUGUAUAUAAAACCACACCAGUUCGGGUAACCGCGAUAUCGGUUAUCACCAUAUACAUCCUUUUUGCUUUCAUGCGGUGUUUUGGACCAAGUGAAUUGUCAUACCAGGUGCUUUGGCCUCAGUUGGACUUGUUAUCAUUUCGGUUUUUCUUGUCGGAACCAGCGAUAUACCAUCAAGAGACGUGUCUACAAAAGCAAUGUUGAAAAUUGCCCCAUUUACAUUGAAAUUAUUGUCUUAAAGAUUUAAUAUUUGAUUGGUAUUGAAAUUUUCAAUUUAACCUUUCCUUUUUCGCA